AAUGUACGCCAAAGGACGAUACAUUUAGCAAGAUAUACAAUUAAAAAUGAUAAAGACAAUAUUUUAUGAUCCAAAAUAGCGCGUAUUGAGCGCUCUAUUUAUCUUCAAAACCGUGACACCCCUGAUCGUUGCAUCGCCAUUAAAGGUUUGGUCAAUGAACAACGUUGCUCAGCUCUUCAUCUUCUCCUGCCGCGGUCUCACCCUCAGCGAGACCAUACCGUUAAAGAAUCGCCAACAUGGACUAAAAAAAAACAAGUAUGACGGCAUUUUCUCUCAUGGCAGGACGGUGGAGAAGUCAUUUAUCAGUUGUGUCAAAGGAGCAAAGGUGAGCGUUGGCCAUGGCGGCUUUCUUGCUGCACUGCUUGAUCCUAACGGCGAUAACGACAUGGAAAGGUGUGUGCGUGACGCAUGCAAAGCAAACAAGAUGGCCUCUAUAUUCCCAGACGCCCGUUCUUCUUGUCUGGAAUGCCCCCACGCAGGACUGCGCCCCGCGCCAUGACGUCACUUUACCUUUGGAGCAGUUUCACAUUGUGGCCUCACCCAACGAGGGCUUCACCCGGCAAAAUCUCACCAUAUUCUACAAGGAGCGCCUCGGUUUGUACCCCUACUACGAGCAGGACGAAACCGCAGUCAACGGGGGCCUCCCGCAACUCGCCAGCAUCACCCAACACUACGAAAAGAUGCCGGGAGGAGUGCAGAAGUACAUACGUGAGCCUAAGGCCAAAGGUUUGGCUGUCAUCGACUGGGAGGAGUGGCGGCCAUUGUGGAUCAGGAAUUGGGAUUCUAAAGACAUCUAUCGCAGUCAGUCCCGGAAGAUGGUGCUGAAGAAGAACCCGACAUGGAGCCAGGAGCAAGUUGCAAAGGUGGCCCAGCAGGAGUUUGAGCUGUCUGCUCAGAAAUUCAUGCUGGAAACUCUGAAGCUGGCGAAGAACCUGAGGCCCAAUCAGCUGUGGGGCUUCUACUUGUUUCCUGAUUGCUACAACCACGACUACAGGAGUGGCCUGAAGAACUACACGGGCCGCUGCCCUGCACUGGAGAUGGCCCGCAACGACCAGCUCAACUGGUUGUGGAUGGAGUGCACGGCGCUCUUCCCGUCCAUCUACAUGGGAUCUGUGCUGAAUUCCACUCAGCAUGGCCGCCUCUUUGUGCGCAACAGGGUGAAGGAGGCUAUGCGCCUGGCGUCUGUUGGCGAUGGAUUAGCACGCCCUGUUUUUGUCUACACCCGACCCACGUACCUGAACCAGAUGACCCUCCUCACUGAGACUGAUCUGGUGUCCACCAUUGGUGAGAGCGUGGCACUGGGAGCGGCGGGCGUCAUCUUCUGGGGGGACUCCUCCUACUCGAGCAACAGCAGCUGCUCGACCCUGAAAGUCUAUCUCGACGGACCACUGCGCCACUACCUGCUCAACGUGUCCACGGCGGCAGAGCAGUGCAGCCGGGCGCUGUGCCACCUCCACGGCCGCUGUUUGCGCAAGCGGGCGGACGACGACGCGUACCUCCACCUCAGCGCCUCGCAGCACACUAUCAGCCGCGAGGGCGGCCGCCUGAAGGUGAGCGGCGAGCUCGGCAAGGCCGAACUGGCGGUUUUGCGCAAACGUUUCCAGUGCCAGUGCUACAGCGGGUACCAGGGCGAGGCCUGUGCUCAGAAACAGGGGCAAAAUAGAGCUCCCUCUGUUCUAAUAACCUGGUCGCUUAGCUUCGUACUCCCGCUAGGACUCCUCAUGCUGCUACACUGAGGAAGUGAAGCAACCCAAAAUAAUCACCGCUCAUGCCAAGCAACAACCAGAACAACAAUAGUUGGAUUGUUGAGUGUAAAAUGAAAAUCCCUGAAGAUCAGAUCCUUGUUACUUACAGUAGUCAUAUUUUCCAAAUGUGCUCACGACAACAAACGAUGUAAGCCUGGCAAAAUGCUUCAGAAGAUCUUCCAAGUGCUGGAUCACACCCUGUGACAGAUUGUACGUAAAAAAAAAAAUCCCUAAAAAACUCUUCAGUUCCCCAUGUUGUCUCCCUCCCCAAAUCUACCAACCCGGAUGAGCGACCACACUUGCUUUAUAAGGGAACAAAAGAACAAUGUUUAUUAUAUUCUCUGUUUCUCCUUGCAUUUCUGAGGGCCUUAAAUGUGCAUAAAAGUGCUUAAAUCCUGGUGAAAAAUGUCACAUUUCAGCAGUUCUGGAGAAAAAAAAAGCUCAAAUUACAGUUAAUAUACAUUAUAUUGCCAAAAGUAUUUGGCCACCUGCCUUGACUCACAUAUGAACUUAAAGUGCCAUCCCAUUCCUAACCCAUAGGCUUCAAUAUGAUGUCGGUCCACCUUUUGCAGCUAUUACAACUUCAAACUCUUCUGGGAAGGCUGUCCACAAGGUUGCGGAGUGUGUUUAUAGGAAUUUUCGACCAUUCUUCCAAGAGCGCAUUGGUGAGGUCACACACUGAUGUUGGUCGAGAAGGCCUGGCUCUCAGUCUCCGUUCUAAUUCAUCCCAAAGGUGUUCUAUCAGGUUCAGGUCAGGACACACCAGACUCUGUCAUCCAUGUCUUUAUGGACCUUGCUUUGUGCACUGGUGCACAGUCAUGUUGGAAGAGCAAGGGGCCCGCUCCAAACUGUUCCCACAAGGUUGGGAGCAUGGAAUUGUCCAAAAUGUUUUGGUAUCCUGGAGCAUUAAAAGUUCCUUUAACUGGAACUAAGGGGCCAAGCCCAACUCCUGAAAAACAACUCCACACCAUAAUUCCUCUCCCACCAAAUUUCACACUCGGCACAAUGCAGUCGGAAAUGUACCGUUUUCCUGGCAACCUCCAAACCCAGACUUGUCCAUCCUAUUGCCAGAUGGAAAAGCGUGAUUCAUCACUCCAGAGAAGGCGUCUCCACUGCUCUAGAGUCCAGUGGGGACAUGCUUUACACCACAGCAUCCCACGCUUUGCAUUGGACUUGGUGAUGUAUGGCUUAGAUACAGCUGCUCGGCCAUGGAAACCCAUUCCAUGAAGCUCUCUGCGUACUGUACGUGGGGUAAUUGGAAGGUCACAUUAAGUUUGGAGCUCUGUAGCAACUGACUGUGCAGAAAGUCGGCGACCUCUUUGGACUAUGCGCAUUAGCAUUAGCUGAACCCUCUGUCAGUUUACGUGGCCUACCACUUUGUGGCUGAGUUGCUGUUCCCAAACUCUUCCAUGUUCUUGUAAUAAAACCGACAGUUGACUUUGGAAUAUUUAGGAGCGAAAAAAUUUCACGACUGGAUUUGUUGCACAUGUGGCAUCCUAUGACAGUUCCAUACUGUAAAUCACUGAGAGCGGCCCAUUCUUUCACAAAUGUUUGUAGAAACAGUCUCCAUGCCUAAGUGCUUGAUUUUAUACACCUGUGGCCGGGCCAAGUGAUUAGGAUACCUGAUUCUCAUCAUUUGGAUGGAUGGCCAAAUACUUUUGGCAAUAUAGUGUACAUCAAAAAUCAGCCCCCGCCAGUUGUUUCAUGGACCGUCACGAAAUCUGGUUCAGGAAAAUCUUCAAGAGCUCAUGUUUGUAGACAUACAGGAAGUUGGCCAUUUUUCGCCAAAAACUGUGGUUAUACUUCUCCCAAAUUAAUAUUACGGAUACGACGCACACAAAUUGUGAAGUAUUUGGGGCUCUCCCGUGAGAUAUCAGAGGAGGCUUUGAUGCCUAGCUCAGCAAUACCAAUAUCAAUACAAGUCCUGGCAGAAACCCUGAUUUGCGUAGCGAUGCGAGGGCCUGCUCAACUGUGCCUGCAGCUCUGCUGUUUUUUGUUUUAGUCAGACUUCAUGCUGGAUACGUGAGUGGUAACAAAUGACGACACACCUCAUAGUUUUCAGGUUGUAUUACAUAAACCGCAUUUCCACAUUCUAAACAAUAUAAUAUGAAAAGAUGAUCAAUUAUUACAAAUCAUCCAGCUGACUAAGGAAUUUUAUUCAAGCUCAUCGUGUUGGUUUCACCAAUUCAUUCCUCCUGAAAGAAACCAAAAUAGUUUAAGAGAUUAUUAUUGUAUUAUGUGCUCUUUAUUGUGAGCGAUUUUACAAAACCUCAUGACUGAACCUGCCUGUUUUUUUGUUGUUGUUUCUGAAUGUUUACAGAUGUCAUAAUUGACAUCUUUCUAUUGUAGUCUUCAUCUCAGCAUCCUGCUGGUUAACAGUGGCAUGUAACAUGCAAGGAAAUUAUCAUCCUAUCCCUUCAUGUAGAGCUGUGAAAGUUGUAUGAGUAUGGAAAAAAAACAAAAACUGAUGGAUAUUUAAGCUGCCGUCCUGCUUCCGGGGGGGGGGGGAAACCCCACCUUUCUCCAUAUUGAACUGCAUAUGUGUCAGUACAUAUGUUUCAAUGGACUGGUUCAAUUGCCUGACUUUAAAUUGCGUCAUUAUUUUAUUUGAUGUCGGAGUUCCUGUCAUUGCAGCUGUGAUGACACCAUAGAUACUAUUUCUGUUAUUCUUGGUAGCUGGGGUUCUCUGGGCAGUUUACAUCUACAGUAGGUACUGUAUUUAUUCUCCAUGCCAAAAUGUCCAAAAAAGGGUAUUUAACUGCCUAAAAGGAAUAUCACAAAAGGCAGUGGAAUGUUUACUAUGCUGCAAACGUAAUGACAUUCUGCACUUUAACACGUUUUUCCGUCACAUUAAGUUGUUUUUUUUGACUGCGGGUACAAGACGGGCGUACUCGCAAUGCAAUAAUAGUUUUGUUGUAAUCACUUGGUUUGUCACUACCUUUAUGUUUCUAAUGCCUUACUUUGCUCAAAUGCAAUAAAAUAAAUUACACCGUUUGACA